AUGGAUCCCAGCUUCAUCUAUCCCUAUAAAGAUUAUGAUUUAAUCGAAGAUAUGACCGGUGCAGGAAAAGCUCGGAUGUUCAGUUUUGGUGGAUUGGCAAAAACCAAAGAUGGACGAAUCAUUCUGCCCUCUAAAGAAGGACAAGACUAUGUGAGACAAAUACACCAGCUGACUCAUCUUGGAAAUGAAAAACUUAAGCAAUUAAUCAAAGAACCAAGGAUCGCCUGGUGGGCCUGUGGCACCGGCCUGACCCCCUGCUUGCAUACUUCACUUUUUAACAGUACUAGGGACUUUUGUAUUUUGGUCCAGCUGGUGCCUAGGGUCAUCUAUCAUGAUGAUAGCUCAUUUAUAGAUGAAUUUGAUCACCGUACUCGUUACAAGAGGGAACCUGUUACCCUGCCCUUAGCUGUCUUGUUAGGACUAGGAGUAGCAGCAGGGGUUGGAACUGGGGUAGCUGCUCUUGUCCAACAACCGUCCUACUAUAAUGAGCCUAGAGCGGCUGUGGAUGCAGACCUGGGAGCGUUGGAGCAGUCCAUAACUAAACUAGAAGAGUCAUUGACUUCACUGUCAGAGGUAGUGCUGCAAAACAGAAGGGGAUUAGACCUGCUUUUUCUUAAAGAGGGAGGGCUCUGUGCUGCCUUAAAGGAAGAAUGUUGCUUUUAUGUAGAUCAUUCGGGUGUCAUCAGAGAUUCCAUGACAAAGCUUAGAAAAAGGCUAGAAAGCAGAAGUUUAUGUAGAUCAUUCGGGUGUCAUCAGGGACUCCAUGACAAAGCUUAG